CAGCCCCUCCCAGAUUGUGGAACUCUCACUUGUCUCUCCAGAGUUGCUUAGCUCAGAUUUGGACAGUCCCUUCACUGGAAAAUCCAUCGAAAGUGCAAUUUGGCAGUGGCUCUGGUAUUUUUUUGCUGUGUUGAGAGACUGCACAGGGAGUUGCUUGGCUUGGCUGGGCUGGGCUGAGCAGCUCUGAGACUGCCCCUGCUCUGUGCUGCCAGCAGCAUUGGUGUGGGUUUCUCAGCACUGUGCUGCUGGGAAACUGUUCUGUAACUGCUCCUUCAGUUACCCUAUUCCUUAUUUUUAGAAUCCCUUAUUGGAGUCCCCUGCCCUUGGGAGCCUUCCUUGGAGCCAGAUUCUUCCCCCUGUGCCCUGAGAGGGAGGCAAGAGGAGGGAUUGAUGAUAUGGGGAAUUGCAGCAGAUGUUCUGCCUCAAAAUUACCUCAUUUGGUGUCUCCUAACCUGUCUGAGGAGCUUGGGGCUGGGCAGCAGGAUGUUCUCUGGCCCCUCUGGCUGGUUUGGAUGCUGGAAAGGGGAUUUUAUGCCCCACAGGACCACUCUGUAUUUGGUUGGGGCUUUUUGCUGUGGGAGGGCCCAGUCCCCUGACUCCCUGCUGAAAAUAGCUGGGGACCCCCAUGCCCUCGGGCCACAGCGCCAGAAAUCUGUUGGCUGAUGAGAGAGGGAGGUAAAACCACGGGGAGCCAGGAGCGGCUGUGGCCGGGCAGGAACGCUGCCCUGCAGGAAUGCUGUCAGGGAGGAAAGUGCCUUCCCAGCCUGCUGCCUUCCCCGCUCGCUGCUGCGGCUGCUGGGGUGGGUUUUUCUAUUUCUGUUUGUGAAAAGGCUUCCCCUGUAAUUACGAGGUGAUUUAACGCCCUGCCUGAGCUGUCGUUCACAGCUGCCGGACACAGCGUUCAGCAGGCUCUCGGCAGGAGCUUUUCAGCCCGGCAAAGUCGCUCCUUGAGCCAGUCACACCUCAGGCAGCCCUCAUCAGUGUCUCUUCCUCACUUCAAAAUGUCCCUCUCGCACACGGCUGCUGAGUACAUGCUCUCUGAUGCUCUGCUCCCGGAUCCCAGCAGUUCCCGAGCCAAGGGCUUGCGGCUGGAGCUGCCGAGCGAUCGCCUGCUGAAGUUCGUCACCGUGGGGCUGCCCCUCUUCCUCGUCUCGCUGGCUUUCGCCCGGGAGUUCUCUGCUGGCUCCCAGAUCAGCUGCUUCUCUCCCACCAACUUCACGGGGAAGCAGUCCGCCUACACCGACACUGCUUGCUGGGACUCCCUCAUCCACCACGGCUUCGACGCCGAGGGACGUGCCAUCACCAAGUCCCUCUGGGCUCUCAAGGUGUUCCCCUACUCGCUGCUGGUGGUGGCAGUGCUGAUGUACCUGCCGUACCUGCUGUGGCGUUACGCUGCUGCCCCUGCCCUGCACUGCGACCUCCUCUUCAUCAUUGACGAGCUGGAUAAAUCCUACAACCGCUCCGUGCGCCUGGUGCAGCACAUGAAGAAGGUCCAGCAGGCCAGUGCGGAGCCAGAGCAAUUCUGGGAGGAGUACGAGAGGGCCCGCCGGGAGAGGUAUUUCGAGUUCCCGUUGCUGGAGCGGUACCUGACCUGCAAGCAGCACGCCCAUGCCCUGGUGUUCAUCUACAUCCUGAGGAACCUGCUGCUGCUCCUCUUCUUGGCUGCCACCUGCCUCUACCUGGUCUUUCUCCACCUAAACAUCUUCUUCCAGGAUGAGUUCAGCUGCUCCAUCAAAACGGGGUUGCUCGAGGCAGAGCCGCACAUCCCGCCGCUCAUCCCUUGCAAGCUGGUCUUCUUCUCCGUGUUCCAGCUCAUCAGCCUCUCAGUUGGCAGUGUCUAUGUCCUCCUCAUCCCUGUUGUCAUCUACAACGCCCUGCAGCUCUGCCAGUGGGACAAGGGGCUGCUCUCUGUCUAUGAGAUGCUGCCUGCCUUCGACCUGCUCAGUCGCAGGAUGCUCACCUGCCCCCUCAACGACCUCAACAUCAUCCUCCUCUUCCUCCGUGCCAACAUCUCUGAGCUGACCUCCUUCAGCCGCCUCAAUGCCGUCAGCGCCCUGAGGGAAGCCACUGCCAACAAGGAGGACAUCGAUACUGUCAUCGACUUCAUGACGCUGCUGGCUGGGCUGGAGACCACCAAGCCCAAACACCAAUCCUGCACCCCCGAGGCCGAAGGCAGCACAGCCCUCUCCAAUGGUGCAGCCCUAGAACCAAAGCCUGGAGUGGAAACAAUGGGAAAGGCCUCACGGGACUCACUCGGCUCUGCCUGACCCAGGAGGAGCAGCAGACAGGGAUCCUUGAUCCCAGGAUCCACUCUUCUGACACAGCUCUACUGCAGCAGCCAGGCUGAACCCACCUGCGUUUCCUGCACCUGGCCUUUCCCUUCUUAUGUACAUUUGUCCAGCAAAAAAGGGUUAAACAUCAAUAUUUUGUGCAGAACC